UCAUUGGGGGCAAAGGACAAUUUUAUUGGCACUAAAGCAAGACUGAAGCAGAAAGGGUUAGAGGGGGAUGAUAUUUAUGUUGGUGUGGGAAAGAGAGUAUGGAAGAUACUUAGAAUUACUUGGGAGAAACUCCAACACAACCAACUUUCUUUUCAGGAAUGGUGGGAGGAUCUUUGUAAGAAUGAUAAAGCAAGCAAUUGCAAGAACAAGAUCGGGUUUUCCACUAGUUGUUAUGGUAGCUAUGAGGACUCAAAGCAAUUGGCAUUUCUAAGAAAGAGGAGUUUGAGGCAUCUGAGGAGAGGAACAAGAAAAGCAGACAGAAUACUCAAUAGACUAGCAAUUUGUGUGGUGCAGGGAGUAAGGCAACAGGAUACUGUGACCAGUGCUACAAACUCAAUACCUUGGGUGUUGCUUGUUCAAGGGAAGGCAGUUGUGAAAAACAGGGAGGUGGUCAGAUGGAGUCCAGAGUUCAAACAAAACUUCAAGGGAAGAUAUCCUUCUAGCAAUCAGGAAAUGGCAAGGGAAAAGGAUUGCAGUUGGUUGGGAAAAGGUGGAAGUAAUUCUUCAAGAUAA